AUGCGUUAUCAGACCAGGCUUCGUGUAGUGAAGAAGAAGAAGAAAAUCAGCCGGGCACAUAAAAAGCAACAAUGCCUGUUCGAUGAGGUCGCAAUUUACUUCACCAAGGAGGAGUGGGAUUGUCUGAAAACAGAAGAGAAGGAGAUAUACAGAGAAGUCAUGGUGGAGAAUUACCAGACUAUGGCAUUUCUAGGGCUGAUCACUGUUAAACCUCCUCUUGUAUCAGCGAUUGAGCGAGGGGAAGAGCCUGUUCUGAAGAUUCCCCAGCAGAUACAUGGUCAGGAGGUUCCGAGGAUCUCCAGCAGAGAUCAUUUAUUUCUAUGUGAUGGAUUCACAAAGAAACGUAAUCCUGAAAGACAACACAUCAGUCCGCCAGCAGGCGCUGUCCGGGAAUAUAACAAGGGACCCACACGCAGAAGUACCCGAGGAACUAGUGCCAGGAAAUCUGCAGAGAAAGACACAGAGAUGUCAAACCCACAUGAAGGAGGAAAUGUCCCACAGUCCCUUUGGCCACGCAAAGGAGAACCUUGGAUAGACCAUCCUGCCAUAUACAUUACACAAUCCACCGCUAAUCACCCUGACACCAGAGCAACAAACUGUGUGGCAGUUAUGGCUUACAGUCUCAGGGAAGUGGUUGGAAAUCCUCACAAUGACUCUUUACCUAGAGGCCAGACCUCAGGACAAAAGCCGGAAGGACUGUCUGAUGAGAAAGGUUGUGCUACGUUGGAAGCAGCUGUAGAGAGGCCUCCUGUAGGAAGUGAGAAUUCUCUGGAAUGUAAUGACUGCGGCAAGUGUUUCACUCUGAUAGGAAAUCUUAGCAGACAUCGGAAGAUUCACACAAGACGUGGGAUAUGGCCGUGCUCUGAGUGCGGGAAAGUCUACACCAGCAACGCACAACUUGUUACGCACCUAAUGUGUCACACAGGAGAGAAGCCAUUUUUGUGCCCUGAAUGUGGGAAAUCUUUUCACUAUAGACCUGGUCUUGUCAUGCAUAUGAGGAUUCACACAGGGGAGAAGCCAUUUGCGUGCAAAGAGUGCGGCAAGCGUUUUAGAUGUGCUUCGCACCUUCCUAGACACUUUAAGGUCCACACUGGGGAAAAGCCGUUUUCCUGUAGUGAAUGUGGGAAAUCUUUUGCCACUAACCCUCAUCUUAUAAGACACCAGAGGAUUCACACGGGAGUGAAACCUUUCUCCUGUCUCGAGUGUGGAAGGAGUUUCACUAAUGACUUUCAUCUUGCCCGUCACCGGAGAGGAAAACAUGGCUUGCGGUAAUGGGAAACUGUGAUCUGCGCUACAGCUCAUAGCAAGUUUUUUUAUAUAUAUAUAUAUAUAUAUAUAUAUACAGGCAAUAGACGCGGCACUCCUGGUGUCUAAAUCAAUAAGAACUCGUAAUAGGCAGGUAGUGGUGAACAACGUUUCAAUGACGUUUAUUGUGUCAUUUUCCUCAGGUCUCUUGUUACGCACCUAAUGU